AUGGCUUUGCUGAUCGAGCUGGGUUUGGUGGAUUGUGUGCAGGAUAACUCUCUGGUGGUGUGGAAGGAGAUCGACCUGAACUGUCUGUCGGACAAGAAGCGCAGAGAUGUGAUGAACGAGAUCAGCAUCCUAUCCAUCCUGCAGCACAACAACAUCAUCGCCUACUUCAACCACUUCAUGGACAAGAACACGCUGCUGAUCGAGCUGGAGUACUGCAACGGUGGAAACCUCUACGACAAGAUCAACCAGCAGAAGGGAGUGCUCUUCAAGGAGGAGGUGAGUUCAGGAGAACCGCGUUCACAGCGUCUCACACAGGGUUCGUACAAGGCACUUAGGGCCAGUUUUACUAAACAGGGCAAAUUAUGUGUCGGUACGCCGUACUACAUGUCUCCUGAACUGUGUCAGGGAGUGAAAUACAACUUUAAAUCAGACAUCUGGGCCAUGGGCUGUGUCUUAUUUGAGCUGCUGACCCUCACCAGGACCUUUGAUGCCACCAAUCCUCUGAACCUGUGUGUGAAGAUCGUCCAGGGCAACUGGACCAUGGAGAUCAACUCGGACGCUUAUACGUCUGAACUCAUCAGGCUGGUGUACGAGUGUUUAGAUCAGGACCCUGAGAAAAGGCCGACAGCGGUGCAGAUUCUAGAGCAGCCCGUCAUCUCUCGUGUGAGAAAGGAGCUGGAGGAGAGGGUGGCGGCGCUUAAUUCAGCCAUCAAGAAACCCAAGUUGAGCACGGUGACGGAGACGCCGGUGGCGGUGGUGACGACGCGCUCGCGGGAGGUGUAUUUCUGGGGCGGAGGCAAGUUCACUCCUCAGAAGCUGGACAUGUUUAAGGGCGGCAGCAGCGCUCAGCACGUCUGCGCUGGAGAAACACACUUCGCUGUGGUGACCGUCGAGAAGGAGCUGUACACCUGGGCCAGCGUUCAGGGAGGAGCCAAGAUGGUGGGUCAGCUGGGUCACGGCGACCAGGCCUCGUACCGCCAGCCGCGGAGAGUGGAGCGUCUGCAGGGCAAAGCCAUCCAACAGGUGUCCUGCGGAGCCGACUUCACCGCCUGCGUCACCGGUGAGCGGACCGCCUCAGAGAUCGGACAAUAUUUGAAACACGUGGUGGCGCUGGCCCGCAGCGGGGACAUCUACUCCUGGGGCUGCGGAGAGCACGGUCGACUCGGGCUGGACUGUGAGGAUGAUUUCUCCUCUCCAAUGCAGGUGGAGGUUCCUAAAGGUGCCGUCAUUGACUCUGUGUACUGUGGCAGGGACUGCACCUUCUUCCUCACCGAGUUUGGAAAGGUCUUAGCCUGCGGGAGCAACGAGCUCAACAAGCUGGGUCUGAAUCAAGGCAUCACUGGAAUCAAAAACCACCCGGGGGAAGGUUAUCAGGGGAUCCCAUACACCACCACCCUCACGCUGGUCAAGCAGCUCUCGCGCUUCAAGAUCCAGUUCAUCGCUCCGGGAAAGACGCACACCGCCGCUAUAGACGAGCGCGGCCGUCUGAUGACCUUCGGCUGUAAUAAAUUCGGGCAGCUGGGAGUGAAGGACUUCAAGAAGCACCAGGGUGUUCAGAUCCUCGUGGGGCCCUUCGGAGGAAAGUUCGUCACCAAGGUGUCUUGUGGAUGUAGCUUGUUUAUUGAAGAUACUGCAUAG